AUUUUCAUUUUUCAUUUUAUUUAAUUAGUAACAAGUGCAGCGAAUAGACGUCAUAUUUGCAACUGUAAAUAUUUAGAACGGUAUAAUUUGGUUAGAGCUGCAUUGAAAAUGCAGAAGCUACUAAUUCUGUUGGCCAUUGGCUUUGUUGUUGCCGCCGAAGCCGGUGACUCAGCGGGCUUGUUGCGUGUUCCGCUAAAGAAAUUUCAAUCUGCCCGACGUCAUUUUGCCGAUGUGGGAACGGAAUUGCAGCAAUUGCGCAUUAAAUAUGGAGGAGGCGAUGCCCCUGAACCUCUCUCCAAUUACAUGGAUGCCCAAUACUAUGGCCCUAUUAGCAUUGGCACACCAGCUCAAAGUUUCAAAGUCGUCUUCGAUACCGGCUCCUCAAAUUUAUGGGUUCCCUCGAAGAAAUGUCACUUUACCAAUAUUGCUUGCCUAAUGCACAACAAGUAUGAUGCCACCAAAUCCAAUACCUACGCCAAGAACGGCACUGAGUUCGCCAUCCAUUAUGGUUCUGGCAGUUUGUCGGGUUAUCUAUCCACCGAUACUGUGGGCAUUGGUGGCCUCAAUAUCAAGGGACAAACCUUUGCCGAGGCUUUGAGUGAGCCAGGAUUGGUUUUCGUUGCCGCUAAAUUCGAUGGUAUUUUGGGUUUGGGUUACAGUUCCAUUUCGGUGGAUGGAGUGAAGCCGCCAUUCUAUGCCAUGUACGAGCAGGGCCUAAUCUCGUCGCCAGUAUUCUCCUUCUACUUAAAUCGCGAUCCCAGUGCUCCCGAGGGUGGAGAAAUUAUCUUUGGUGGAUCGGAUCCCAAUCAUUACACUGGAGAUUUCACCUAUUUGCCGGUGACCCGUAAAGCCUACUGGCAAAUCAAAAUGGACUCUGCAUCGGUAGGAGAUCUUCAGGUCUGCCAGGGAGGCUGCCAGGUUAUAGCCGAUACUGGAACCUCAUUGAUAGCAGCUCCUCUAUCUGAAGCCACAUCGAUUAAUCAGAAAAUCGGUGGCACACCCAUCAUUGGUGGACAGUAUGUUGUCUCGUGUGAUCUCAUUCCCAAUUUGCCUGUGAUUAAAUUUGUUCUCGGUGGCCGAACCUUUGAAUUGGAGGGUAAGGAUUAUAUUCUACGAGUCUCUCAAAUGGGCAAAUCCAUUUGUCUAUCUGGCUUCAUGGGCAUGGACAUUCCACCACCCAAUGGUCCCCUUUGGAUUUUGGGCGAUGUUUUCAUUGGCAAAUACUAUACUGAGUUCGAUAUGGGCAACGAUCGUGUGGGCUUUGCUAAUGCCAAGUGAUGAUCAAAUCUAAUUACAAAAUUCUAUUAUACAAUUGUAUUCAAUAUUAUUAUAUUUGCUAUAUUUUACAUUUAGAAAUAUACUGAUCUUCACCUAUA